GGCAUUGGCAUGUCGUCGUUACUGGCACAUGGAAUCUUUCUGAAAUAAAAAUAGUUGAGGUUAACUUUAUUGUUUUUGUAUUCCAUAAUACUUUGAGAUAUCCCUGAAUAUUUUGAUCAUGGAUGUUUCAUCUAAAGUUUCCAAAGCUAAAAAAACAAAAGAUAAACAACUUAUCAAGAGGAGGAAGCUUGCAGAGGAAAUUGAAAGAUUGGAAGAUAUUGUCUUCGGAGAUACUUCAAAGGUUAUUGGCGAGAAAAAAUCCACAAAAAAGAAUAAAAGAAAAUUAUCUUGUGCUCUAUACGAUGAAGAGUCCUCAGAUGAAGACAACGAUAAAAAUUCCUGUGUUGAAGAUAAUAAAAAAGUGGAUAAACCUAAGAAAACCCCAGCCUGGGAAGAUGACGAUGAUGAUGAGAGCAUACAAGCUGCCCUUAAAGCUCAAAACCGAGGCAAAAUCGAACACCCUGGGGCACCGACUGAUGCCUACACUAGUAUGCUCAAAAGAAAGUUCGAAUCUAUCAAUGGAGUUCCGAAAUGGGCGGAACUCAAUAGAAAGACUAUCGCUAACAGUGAUGACAGUGAAGAAGAUGAAGAUGAUAGUCUAUUACAGAGAUGUGGCAAUUUGAUACAAAAAAGUAAAACACUGGACAAAGAGAAGAUACUAUUUAAGCUGGUGAAAAGUUUGAACGUUACAACAGAAACAGAGGGCCCCGUGUUGAAAGCCGUUGAAUUUCAUCCAACAUCCAGCAUAGGCCUGGUGGCUGGAUUCUCGGGAAUUGCAUCCUUAUUCGAGGUAGAUGGUAAAGUGAACGCCAAACUGCAAAGUGUACAGUUCACAAAGUUCUGCAUUGACUGCGCCAAAUUCACCGCUGAUGGAAACCGGUUCAUUGUUGGCUCGAAGUUUCAUCGGCAUUUCUUCUAUCACGAUUUGCUGGCCGACAAAACGACAAAAGUGGUUGUGCAUAAACAAACCGAUUUAACGAAUAUGAAGAAAUUCGAAGUAUCGCCUGAUGGCAAGCUGUUAGCAGUGUGUGGUCGCUUCGGAAAUAUUUAUCUGCUGAGUGCUACAACUUAUGAAUGGAUCGAUACGCUCACUAUGAAUGCAAACGUUGAAGCCGUCUGCUUCAGUAGUGACGGAUCAAAUCUCUACUCAGUUGGAGGAGACGGCAAUGUUUACGUGUGGAAGACGGCGUCGCGACGCUGUUCGCACCGGUUCGUGGACGACGGCUGCUUGACGGGGACGUCUGUGGCAGUUUCGCCAGAUGGCCGUCUGCUGGCCGCCGGAUCGAGCGCCGGAGUGGUGAACGUGUACAGUGCUGAAGAGGCGCUCGCAUCAGGCCAACCGACGCCCCUCAAGACAUUCAUGAACCUGACGACACGCGUCUCGGCGCUCCAAUUCAACCAUACCAGCCAACUGCUGGCCAUGGCUUCCGAUAAGAGUGAUCGCUCCUUGAAGCUGGCGCAUUUUCCAUCGAUGACGGUCUACAGCAAUUUCCCACUGAACAGCUACAACCACAUCCCCACUGGGAUGCCUCAGAGUUUGUCUUUCUCGCCGCACUCCCGCUACCUGGGCGUCGCCUCCAACAUCAAGAAGGCUUUCUUGUACAGAUUGAAUCAUUUUGAAAGCUAUUGAGAGAGGAAGAGGAAAGCGUUAUUAAUUAGAAUAAGUUCUUCUAUAACUUGAAAAUAAAAUUAUGAGAUAACUUUAUGUUUUGAA